AAAUCACUAAGCAAAAUUGUGCCUUACGCACACAUGGAUAGUUGGGUCACGCACACUACGCCCGUGGACGUGGUUAUUUCAUACAUUUCGUUGAGUAGUGUUCGGCUGGCAGCGCACGAGCGUGUUUGUACACGUUUUGGCGCGUAAACGGUUUCUAAAAGGCAAAUGUCGUCUAAAAGUUCAUACGAAGAGCGUCAAAAAAAGCUUCAAGCUUUGUUCGACGAUGUAUCUUCGCCUGAAUCUAGUCAAGACCCUUAUGUUGACGAUGGGACAUUUGGUUCUGAUCAAGAUUAUGAACCAUCUGACGGCGAAUCGACGAGUUCUGAAGAGACAACUCGUGCUUUACAAAGCAGGCAGGUAAACAGGAAUACUUCGAUUUUACCUUCUGAUAACUCUUUGUCAUCGGCACCCAGUGAUGCAGAUGAUAAUGAAGAUAACAAAACAAGUUCUCAAUCCGAAGGAAAUCUUGAAAAUAUUGAUAAUAUCCAGUUUUCUGCUGAGCCUGUAAAUCAGAUCCAACCAUCUUUUUCGGUGUUAACUGCUGAGGCUAGAGAGUAUGCAGAAUAUCCAGAUGUAUCCCCAAGAACCUCUGGUGUGCCAAAUUCAAUAAAUCCUACCCCUAGAAGACCAGCCACUCCUGUUAUAAAUGAAUCUUGGUCUAAUACAGUUAUGACCAUACCAAAUUUUGACUUUCAUAGUUCGGCGUGUGGUAUUACGGUCAAUGUUGAUAACAUGGACAAAGCUAUUGAUAUUUUCCAACUUGUGUUUCCUAACGAAUUUAUAGAAUAUUUAGUCCAAUAUACUAACAAAUAUGGGAAUGCUCUUUGUUGCACUAAUCGACGACAUACCAGACACAGCCGAAAAAUCUGUUCUAAUCUAAUGAUUCUGACUGAUGGCAUAAGUAACUUACUGUGAUUAAAUGUUAAUUUCAUAAUAAAUAUUAAACUAAUUUACUAUUGUUUUAUUUAUUUAUCAUAACACAUCAAUACCGCCCAAAGGCGUAGUGGCACAAUGCACAGUAAAAUGCCUAGCACAAUGUGACAGAACGCCUUGUGACGUAUACGCCUAUAUCUGUACUGUCAAAUCACAUCAUUUAUUACUUUUGCGAUGUGACACAACGCCUCUAGGCAAUGUAUG